CGCAGACCCGGGCUAGCGGCGGGAUGUCGGCGAAGGAGAGGCCAAAGGGCAAAGUGAUCAAGGACAGCGUAACCCUCCUGCCCUGCUUCUAUUUUGUCGAGUUGCCUAUAUUGGCAUCGUCCGUGGUCAGCCUGUACUUCCUUGAACUCACGGAUGUCUUCAAACCUGUGCACUCCGGAUUCAGCUGCUAUGACCGGAGUCUUAGCAUGCCCUACAUCGAACCGACCCAAGAGGCAAUUCCGUUCCUCAUGCUGCUCAGCUUGGCUUUUGCCGGACCUGCAAUCACGAUCAUGGUGGGGGAAGGAAUCCUCUACUGUUGCCUGUCCAAACGGAGGAGCGGGGUGGGCCUGGAGCCCAACAUCAACGCCGGGGGCUGCAACUUCAACUCCUUCCUCAGGAGAGCCGUCAGAUUCGUCGGCGUCCACGUGUUUGGACUGUGCUCCACGGCACUCAUCACUGACAUCAUACAGCUGUCCACGGGGUACCAGGCACCCUACUUUCUGACGGUGUGCAAGCCAAACUACACCUCUCUGAAUGUGUCCUGCAAAGAAAACUCCUACAUCGUCGAGGAUAUCUGCUCAGGGUCUGACCUCACAGUCAUCAACAGCGGCAGGAAGUCCUUCCCUUCUCAGCACGCGACCCUCGCUGCCUUUGCCGCGGUGUACGUGUCGAUGUACUUCAAUUCCACGCUAACGGAUUCCUCCAAGCUCCUGAAACCCCUCUUGGUCUUCACAUUCAUCAUCUGUGGCAUCAUCUGUGGGCUGACACGGAUAACGCAGUACAAGAACCAUCCCGUGGACGUGUACUGUGGCUUUUUAAUAGGAGGAGGGAUAGCUCUGUACCUGGGCCUGUAUGCUGUGGGCAACUUUCUGCCCAGCGAGGAGAGUCUGUUCCAGCACAGAGAGGCCCUCAGAUCUCUGGCAGACCUCAAUCCGGACGCCAGCCGAGUUUUAGCUGCUAAAAGUGGUGGCGGCAGCGAUGGGAUAGCUCACACGGAAGGCAUCCUCGCCCGGAACCACCGCGACGCCAGCUCCCUGACGAACCUCAAAAGGGCAAACGCUGACGUGGAAAUCAUCACCCCACGGAGCCCCAUGGGGAAGGAGAACAUGGUGACCUUCAGCAACACGCUGCCAAGGGCCAACACUCCGUCCGUGGAAGACCCCGUCAGAAGAAACGCCAGCAUCCACGCCUCCAUGGAUUCCGCCCGCUCCAAGCAGCUCCUCACCCAGUGGAAGAACAAGAAUGAAAGUCGAAAGCUGUCCCUGCAGGUGAUAGAGACUGAGCCCGGACAGUCACCACCCAGAUCCAUAGAAAUGAGGUCAAGCUCUGAGCCAUCCAGGGUGGGGGUGAAUGGAGACCACCACGGUCCUGGCAAUCAAUACCUCAAGAUCCAGCCUGGCACUGUCCCUGUGUGUAACAACAGCAUGCCUGGGGGACCUCGGGUGUCCAUUCAGUCCCGCCCUGGGUCCUCACAGUUGGUGCACAUCCCAGAGGAGACCCAGGAAAACAUAAGCACCUCCCCCAAGAGCAGCUCUGCUCGGGCCAAGUGGCUGAAAGCCGCGGAGAAGACCGUGGCCUGCAACAGAAGCAACAGCCAGCCCCGGAUCAUGCAAGUCAUCGCCAUGUCCAAGCAGCAGGGCGUCCUGCAAAGCAGCCCCAAGAACACAGACGGCAGCACGGUCUCCUGCACGGGCUCCAUCCGCUACAAGACCCUGACGGACCACGAGCCCACUGGGAUCGUCAGGGUGGAGGCCCACCCGGAGAACAGCAGGCCCAUCAUACAGAUCCCGUCCACGGAGGGCGAGGGCAGCGGUUCCUGGAAGUGGAAAGCCCCUGAGAAGGGCAGCCUCCGCCAAACCUAUGAGCUCAACGACCUCAACAGGGACUCAGAGAGCUGUGAGUCCCUGAAAGACAGUUUUGGUUCUGGAGACCGCAAGAGGAGCAAUAUCGACAGCAGUGAGCACCACCACCACGGGAUCACCACCAUCCGCGUCACCCCGGUGGAAGGCAGCGAGAUCGGCUCAGAGACGCUGUCCGUCUCCUCUUCCCGCGACUCCACUCUCCGGAGAAAAGGCAACAUCAUCUUAAUCCCUGAAAGAAGCAACAGCCCCGAAAACACUAGGAACAUCUUCUACAAGGGAACCUCUCCCACACGGGCUUAUAAGGAUUGAGUGAAUGGCAUUCAAUCGUUUGGGUGACCCCCACCCAAAGACCACUGUUUGAGUCUACUUGUGUUCUGUUCCAGAAGAUUGGGGAACUUCGCACCAAUCUAGGUCAUCCACUGUCAGCCCCGGACUCGGUGACUCUUGAGAAGGGCUGCCCUCAAGCUUGUAGAUUUCACAUCGAGGGGCGGGAAAAGCACAAUGCAAGAACCUGACUAAUGUGAUCACGUGAGGAUUCUUAAGACCUAUCUCCAAACUCAACAGGUUUGCAGAGGGCAGCCUAAAGGACAGGGGCUGCCUUCAGUGUAUACUACUUUACUUCCUGAAUGUGCCAACUUUAGGGACUUUUCUUUCUAAUUAGCUGUGGGGGCCCAGAACCGGUUCCCCACGGCAGAGGCCAUGCAGUUUUAUAUACCCAUUCUGCAGAAUCCGCACCUCCUGCUCCGCGUGGGUGGUGCUGAUCAGUCUAGUGCAUCUACCAUGUAAACUCCAGUGCUAUCUAGCUGUGCAGUCGUGGUGUGAACCCCUCGUCGAAGCAACGCCGCUGCGUCAGGACGCCGCUGGCCGCUUUGUGGUAGACUAGGACCCCAGCCCCUCUGCGGCGGCUCCGUCACAGCCCAACGUGCAAAGGUCUUGUGCAUUUUUUUCAAAAUUAUGCUUUCUUCAACAACAAAAAGUUGCAUAGGAAUAUUUUCAGUAAAAGGGAAUAGCUAGUACUUUUCUGCGUAGUAUUUUUCUUCGCUGCUUACGUUUUAUUUAAGUGUAGGUACUGCUAAUCAAGAAUCUGGCUUUUAGUGAGUCAAGAUGCAUCACUUAAAAAUACAUAUUGUUUUAGAGUCUUUUGAAAUGGCUAUGAUCCUAUUUUGUA